AAUGCUGAUAUCGGUAGUGACAGGUGACAGCGACAUGGCGUACUUCGCCGUUUGCCUUUAAAUAAGCCUUGGUCGAAGCGGGGCUAGACCAGAACCAGACUCCAGAGCCCUCAUAGAAACGGAGAGGCGUCGCCUUUCUAGCUAAGCUUAGCUACCUCGAGGAAAUGGCCGCGGCGGCGGCAAUGGUCAUGCUGGCGGCUCUGGCGCUCCUCGCGCCGUCGGCGCGGGGGCUCGACCGCGCCGAGUUCCCGCCCGGGUUCCUCUUCGGCGCCGCCACGUCUUCUUACCAGAUCGAGGGCGCGUACCUGGAGGACGGCAAGGGCCUCAGCAACUGGGAUGUCUUCACCCACACGCAGUCUAGGGAAAUCAAUGAUGGACGGAACGGCGACGUGGCGGACGACCACUACCACCGUUACAUGGAAGACGUGGAGAUCAUGCAUGAUCUGGGUGUCAACUCCUACAGGUUCUCGAUCUCAUGGGCGAGAGUCCUACCAAGAGGCCGGCUUGGAGGCGUUAACACGGCUGCAAUAGCUUUCUACGACCGCCUGAUCGCCGCGCUCCUUCAGAAAGGGAUAGAGCCGUUCGUGACGCUGCAUCACUUCGAUCUGCCGCACGAGCUGGAGACCCGGCACGGCGGUUGGCUGGGCGCCGGAAUCAGGGAGGAGUUUGAUUACUACGCGGACGUGUGCUUCAAGGCGUUCGGCGAUCGGGUCAAGUUCUGGACCACGCUCAACGAGCCCAACCUCUUCACCAAGUUCGCCUACAUGCUGGGCAUGUACCCGCCCAAGCACUGCUCCCCGCCGUACGGGAACUGCAACAGCGGCAACUCUCACCGGGAGCCCUACCUCGCCGCCCAUAACAUGAUCCUGUCCCACGCCGCCGCCGUCGACAACUACAAGAGGAACUACCAGGCAACACAAGGAGGGUCGAUCGGGAUUGUGAUCGCCAUGAAAUGGUAUGAGCCCCUUACCAACUCCACGGAGGAUAUCCUGGCUGCAAGACGGGCGUUGUCCUUUGAGGUGGACUGGUUUCUGGAUCCAAUAUUCUUUGGUGACUAUCCCAGAGAAAUGCGUGAGAUGCUCUCAUCAAACUUACCAACGUUUACCUCCGAGGAGAAGAGGUUACUGCAAAGCAAGGCGGAUUUUAUCGGUGUAAACCAUUACACGGCGAUCUACGCCAAGGAUUGCAUCUCUUCUCCAUGCGACAUUAAGACCUACGAGGGAAAUGCACUGGUCCAAGCUGUAGGCGAAAGGGACGGCGUGGCAAUUGGAGGACCAACUGCUUUCCAUGGUUACUACGAUGUUCCGGAAGGUAUGGAGCUGAUCGUCAAGUAUGUCAAUCAGAGAUACGAGAGCACGCCUGUCUACAUUACUGAAAAUGGCUACUCGCAGUUUAGCGAUAACAGUAUGGAGGAGUUGAUGAAUGACGUUGGAAGAGUGAACUACCUGCGAGGUUAUCUCACAUGUAUCUCUUCAGCGGUCAGGAAAGGAGCAAACGUGCGUGGCUACUUCGUGUGGAGCCUCAUGGACAACUUCGAGUGGGGUUUCGGUUUCACCGUGAGGUUCGGGAUUUAUCACGUGGAUUUUGAAACGCAAGAGAGGACUCCAAAGAUGUCAGGGAAGUGGUACCGAGACUUCCUCACGGGCUCUAGGCCGAUCGACCAAGCGCAGACGCUGAGAGCAGAUUCAUGAUACUUGCAACCAUUAUAUUGUCAGAUCCAGUUACCCCUGAAAUGAAACUGGCGGAUCCAGUGAAUAUAGAUACUGCUAGUUUGCUACACAUCGUUCCAACACUUCCCUAAUAGCGUCUUUGCCUAGUAUAGAAAUGUAAAUUUUGAGUGCUGUAAAGGUAUAUACUACAUACUCUGGAGGUUGUCAUCACUUUGGAGUAAUGGAGGGGCUAGGGGUGCAUUGGAGCAAUGCCUGUUCCAUGUGGUGGACCGGGUUUGUGGAUUCCAUCUCAUGCGUGAUCUGUCUUCAAAUCAUGUACGGGUGUACGCACUAUUGACGGCUAUAGCAUUGCCCAAUCAGAUAGAGAGUAAUUGUUUUCGUCCUGUUUA